AUGGGGCUCUGCGCCUCAAAUCGCUCACCUCUAGUUUGCUGCGCCCCCAGGGAAGGGCCGGAGAACACCGACGGCCGUCGCGCAGAACUGGCAGCAACCCCUCUCUUUCAGGUCUUUGGCUUCAACGCCUACCACACAUCGAUCAUCAUCGGCGAGCGCGAGCUCUUCUUUGAUGGGGCCGGAAUUGUGGAGGCGGAGGCUUUCUGGAGCCACGAGUGGUGUGAAGGGGCACGGCGCAGACCAAACAGGCCGGAGAUCGAGCGGGUCAAGCUGGGCUGCACUGAGUUGGAAGCUGCCCAAGCAGCAAGGAUCCUGGAGCCCUUCUUCGAGCAAGGCUCCUACGAUAUCCUGAGGAAGAACUGCAACAGCUUCUCGGACGCCGCCACCUGGCUGCUUACAAGGCGGCGCCUGGAUCCCAAGUUCAACCGCCUCGAGCGAUGGGUGCUAGCUCUGGAGCCGCUGUCUCUGGACGUGAUCCGCAGGCUACUCGGUUUGGACCGCGAGGACCGCGACGAGGAUGCGCCUACCGGCUACAUGCCCAAUCCGCUUGCAGAAGGCUUCGACGUGGAGGAGGUUGUUGCAAAGCUCAGCCCUCCCACAAGCAAAAGCAUCUACGCAAGGCCAUACUGCUGCGCGCGUAACGCGCCGGUGAAGCCAAAGAAGCUUUGCAGCACCAGUGAAGAAGGCUCACCCAACUCCAUCAUGGACCACGCACUGAAGGAUGCGACACUCGAGAAGGCGUGGGAGCCUUCUGUGGAAGACUACCCGUGCAGUGUCUGGAAUCCUUUCGAUCGCCUCCAGGACCAGGGGGACCAGGAGCCCAUUGUGCCGCCCGUCCUCAUCGAGCGUUUGCGCUCCCCAGGAGUGGUGCCAGCCCGGACAUCAAGCCGACCGCAGGUGCAUCUUUGCGAUGAGGACGUGGUGUGGCAGUCUGACUUGGAUUGA